AGUUCACCUACCAAAAUUGGAACCAACAAACAAUUAUAUAAAAAGAAACAAUUGUAGAACAAAAAGUACUACUUCUACUUCAGCUGAUUGUUUGUAUUCUAUUUCUUUCUAUGUUUCUAAAAACAAAUACCAAAAGGAGGUGGAAAUUUGGUUGGCCCUUAGUCUGAGGUGGGUUUUUGUCUGAUAAGCUUUGGGGGGUAUGAUGCCAUUCCUAUGGUCCAGUUGUUAACUAUUGCUAUCAAUUGAACUGUUUUGAAAUCUUUACCUUUGUUUUUUUCUCUGCCUUGCAAAGGUUUUGAGAGAAACUUGGAGAGAAUCCUUACUGUUGGUCUUCUAGGUCCUUGGCAGUCUCUGUGUGUGUGUGCUUGUGAAUGUACUUGAGGAAACUGUUUCAUUCAAACCUGUACUCUACAUUAAUAUUUUUACUUUCUUGUACAUAAUUCUGAGUAUGAUUCCCUGACCAAAUCUAUCUAUUAUUGAGAUGUUUUUGGCAUGUUCCAAUGCUAUUUCUAAAUAUCCUCUGCUUUCUAUCAAUAAAUGCAGGUGAUUCUAAUCAUAACAUUGAUCAUGCAAAACCUGAUGGAGAGACUAAGACCCCUUGUGGGUAGUAAAAGCUGGGACUACUGCGUUCUCUGGAAAUUGAGCCAAGACCAGAGAUGUAUUGAAUGGAUGGAUUGCUGUUGUGCUGGGACAGAGAAUAAUCAAAAUGGUGGAGAACAACUUGUGCCUCCUGUUUCUCAAGUCAUUCCAUGUAGGGACACCAUGUGUCCACACCCAAGGGCUAGUUCUUGUGAUCUUCUUGCGCAGCUGCCAUGUUCAAUGCCUCUAAAUUCUGGGAUUUAUAUACAGACGUUGCUAUCAAAUGAACCCAAAUGGCUACUCUUCACGGAUUCAACCGCACUGGAUGAAACAGUGGGGACCAGAGUAUUAGUUCCAUUUCCAUUUGGACUAGUGGAGCUGUUCGUUGCUAAACAUGCAUCUGAAGAUCAGCAUGUCAUAGAUUUUGUUACAACUCAAUGCAGCAUUUCGAUGGAGCAAGAAUCCAUUGUUAAUUCAAGCAACAUGGAAACAAGUUUCUCCGUUGAUGUAAAUGCAACAAACGGAAUCCAAUCAAAGCCAUUUGCAGCAGAUCAGAAUGCUGUUCUAGGAGAUCCUGAAAACCAAUUUGAGGCACCAGGUUCAGCCGCACAAAAAUUAGAAAACACCAAUGUGAGUUAUGACAUCUCAUUAGACAGAAUCCGCCUCUGCAGUUCUCCUAUGAACUUCUUGCAACAAUUCAGUUACAGCUCAGAAAACAGAAACAAGAAUGAAAUCUUCCAUGAAGGUUCACAGGAUUCAUUCCUUACUGAUAAACAGGGAAACCCUUACAAGUUUUCAGCUGAAAAUGAGUUCCAAGAGGUGGAUACAGUGCAGGGGUCCUUAAUGAACACAUCAAACAUUCAUGUGCAGUUCAUGGAGAACACUGCAUGUAAAGAGCAGCAAGGGGAAGAAAAGGACUUGGUCAAACAUGAAAAUGGAAGGUCUGAUUCAAUUUCCGAUUGCAGUGAUCGGAUUGAUGAUGAAGAUGAUGCAAUCACAAAGUACCGCCGGAGGACUGGGCAAGGUCCUAAAUCAAAGAACCUUGUUGCUGAGAGGAAGAGAAGAAAAAAACUAAAUGAGCGGUUGUAUAACCUACGAGCAUUGGUUCCCAAAAUUUCUAAGAUGGACAAAGCCUCAAUACUUGGUGAUGCAAUUGAUUUUGUGAAGGAGUUGCAAAAGCAAGUCAAGGAACUCCAAGAUGAACUGGAAGAACAUUCAGAUGAUGAAAAUGGUAAGACUGUAGUUUCAGGAAACAAUGGAAACCAUAAUAGUGUCCAACUACCUGAGUUUCUGAGCCAAAACGAUAAAGCUCAAAACAGUUACCAUAUAGGAGUACUAGGAAGUGGAAAUCUUUUGAAGCAAAAUCAUCAGGACACUGAAGGUACUAGCCAUGACAAGACUCAACAGAUGGAGCCGCAAGUGGAAGUGGCACAGAUUGAUGGGAACGAGUUCUCUGUAAAGGUUUUCUGUGAGAACAAGCGAGGUGGAUUUAUGAGGUUAAUGGAGGCCUUAAAUGCUCUUGGCUUGGAAGUAACAAAUGCAAAUGUGACCAGCUAUAGAGGCCUCGUAUCUAAUGUUUUCAAAGUUGGGAAAAAGGACAGUGAAAUGGUUCAAGCAGAUGAUGUUAGAGACUCCUUGCUGGAGAUAACAAAGUACCCAUGCAGAGGGUGGUCUGAAAUAAUCAAGACACCAGAAUGCAUUGGAAGCCGCAUGGACUACCCGCCCCACCCCCACCCUCAUCAGCACCAGACCCAACAUUCAUUUCAAGACAAAGCUAUCAACUCACGUCUACAUCUCCUUGAUGAUUAAUUCCUAGUUCUUCUUCCCUCUCUAUCCUUCAGCAAAAGCACCAAAUAUAAACUAUAUUUAUUUGUUCUCUCUAAUACUUUUAUUACAUCCACCAUAAUAAAGAAUGAUGAACACGCAAAUCAAAUCCACAAGCACACUGUCGAGUAAUCAAAAUCAAUUCCCUCUUAGCGACGAGUGAGGGAAGCCAUAUGAACGAACUCUAGCCCCAGUUAGCUCUGCUCCACCAUGAAAAGAGAUUAUUGCAGUAGAUCAAAACUCCAACAAAUUUACGAUUAGUAGCAGAAGAUCGAGACUAAAAUUAUUUUUAACGGUCUAUACAAUUGCAGAAAUUCGCAGAAAGAAAAAGAAAGAACAUGACCAUCGCAAGUAUGUCGAGUUUAAGAGCAAACCAAAGAUUUAAGAAGUCAUUUCAAUCAAUCUAAAGCAUCAAUCCGAGCAGGAUAAUAUCGAAAAUUGCAGAAAUGGAAAAUCAAAUCGGGUACCAAUGAAAAAUGUCAAGAAUCUGAAAA